AGACAGCAGGGUUCCGUCGGCCGCACAGCUUCCCGGACGCGCACAUGAAGCUCAAAGCGCAGAAACAGCGCUGUAAGUAGCGGCCGCGCUGAGCCGCGGGUGGAGAGGAGAGCGGUGCUGGGAGCUCCACGCUGCUUUGUCGAGCUGAAACUGAUUUGGUGGUGUGCUGCUUGUGAGCGAUGUAUCUGGUUGUUCGUUGAUCUGGGAGGUGUCAGUGAAUUGGCUGUCUAGUUCUGUCUCUUGGUUUAAAGCUGUGAUAUCUACGUUUGUGAUGUGCUUGGUUGUGUUAGGCUCGGCGAAUUACGAAGCAGCAGUGCUUCAUUUGCUUGGUCGUGGUUAACUUGUAUACAGGUAUGGAGCUGCUGCGCAGUGCCUGGGCAGCCACCACCAGCAGAGCAGCACAGCUGGGGGAGCACCCUGGCUCUGGGCACACUCACUUUACCUGUUCCUUCAAGUAGAACCAACACGUUUGCCUUCUUUUCUGAGUUCAGCACAGUUCUGAAAGGGUAAUGAAGGAUUGAGGCAGGCUCACAGCUGCCUGCUGCCAAACCUGGGCAUAUCUCUGUUCAGUAUGAAGUGUUGUGUGUUCCACUGCUUGAUGUUGUUUUUUGUGUGGUUUUUUUUUUUAAUACUGAAAUAAAUGCAUGCAGGCUUCUCUCUGAGAAGAAUGAAAUAGUACAGGAAACGGUCUUGGAGGGAUGCAGCUUUCCCAAGGCUGCUUCUUCAUCAGUGCCUUCUGCUUGUCAGAUGUUUUUGUUAAGUUCUGCAUGCCCCUGGCCUUAGCACAUUCUCUCUGAUGCAGAAUCACACAGUGCUUGAACUACCUGGGAAAAAUUAAUGUGGUUGUGGGUUCCUCCCAAACGUACCGUGUUGGUGACCGCAUCAUUCUGUGAUGUGAACUGUUUUUGUGGAGUUUUUGUGCAGCUUCAAAUCUUCAUUCAAGAGGAAAAGCUUGCAGCUCUUGGAUUAAGUUGCAUGUUUAUUUGAUGCAAGUAAGAGGAUACAGCACUUGCAUAUUGAACUUUAGAAUAGCUUUUAGUAUUGCAAAGCAAAGCCUUGUAGGUUUUCAUGUAGUUACUCAAACUAGGCAGAAUAAGGGAUUUGGUUUCCUUCAUAUCUUGAGGGGAAAAGAAAAAAGCUCAUCAUAGGUGCAGACCCAGGUGGCAGUGGUUGUAUUGACUAAAAUGUGCUACAGCUGAGCCCUCGGCUGUGGGCUUUCUGGAGAAGGCAGGGAUGGGAGCAGCAGGUGAGAGCAGAACUCUUUAAAGCUGUAGCGUGGGGUAUUUCUUUGCUAAAUAAGAGACAUAAAUUCUUGUUGGUCUUGUAGUUUUUCAUUUCUGUGUAAGAGUAAAUUUGCGAUUCAAUAUUAGUCUUGCAGGAAAGCGUGACAGCACAUUGUCCUAGAUUGAAAAAGUUCAUUAAAUCUGACUCCAGUUCUGGUGCUGUGAAGUUUAAGGUGUAUCCCUCUCCAGAACACAUUAUACAGUCCCGUUUUUCUGGUUUUUGUAUUUAAUCCCAGCCUCUGCAGAUGUUUGUUCUGUGCUUGGGGACACAUUGCAAAAUGCAGCGUGGUUGCCACAUGAUGUGUAAGCCCUGAGUAUUGAUUGUGGGGUUUGCUUUGCGUGGGGAGGAAGAUAAUUGCAUUUCCCAAUAUUCCAACACAUUAAGCUAUCUUUCUGUAGCAACUAGUUCCUUUAAAUCCUCACAAAUUACAUGUUGAGUGCUUUUACUCUCUGCCAAAGCGAGACAGUCUUCUACUUUCCUUGGCCCUUUUCCCCUCAGAGAGGGGAAUGUUCCCUUUGCAGCCCAUGUUCAUGGCUGCUCAGCCUGUGCUCAGAGGGAACCUGGGAGUCUGCUUCGUUGUCCUUCUGACCUACCUGCUGCUUCCCCUUCUGCUGAGAAACUGGUCUCUGCGUGGUUAUUUCUUAGUUGAACAAGAGGAGUUUUUGGCAGUGUUUGGCCCACACCACUGAUUUGAAACCAGCCUGUUAUGAGGCUGGGGUUUGGAGUACCUUUCUGUAUCACAGCACAGUGUAACGAAGACUGGAACAAGUAACUGUUACUGUGCCUUGUGUUCUGAAGUGCUCCACCAGAGUAUAAAGUAUUCAAAUGUUGUGAAUUCUUCCAAUUUUGAAAGCCUGCUGUAGUGUCACAGUGUUCAGUUUAAAUGGGAUCUUUGAACAGAAGAAAGAGAAGGAAUAGUUAAGUGCCCUCCUUGAUCCCUAUGCAACAGCACUGCAGCAAAGUAAGAACAAAAGCUUCUGCAUGGUAGUUAGCUAGACUGGUGCUUCACAACAUUAGCCCGUGACAGGCAUAGGGAAGAAGCAGCUGGAUGCUUUAAUUGGAUUGCUUUUCCUUAAAUGAAGGUAAAACUUUGGGGUCGCUGUUCAGAGCCUGUAUCUGGCAUCUUGCCCCAAGUCAGUAGGUAAUAGGUAGAGGUCAGAGAAUGUGUGCUCAGAGGCGUCAUGACUGUUUACAGCUAAUGCAUGUUACAGCUGCUGUGGUUAAUUUCUAAACACUUAGUUGUUGCUUCUCAGCAAAUAAUGUUUUGGCCAAUAUUUUCAUUGUUAAAUCUGUGAUGCGUAAGUGCAGCAUAACUGUAGCACUACUUAAGCCCAGACUUUUUGUUGUGUAAGACCUGGUGGUGAUGUUAAAUGUAGAGUACCACAAUUAUGGUCUAGAUUUUCACGGAGAGUACAGAAGUGAAAUGGUUUUGGUCAACACGGUGAGUAAGUAUGUAGGUGUUGGCAACUGAAACUUUGUCUGGAGUAUUGGAAUAUCCCACAGGUUUUUAAUCUUAAGAACGACUUCUGGUGUAAUGCUGCUUAAUGUUGGUCCCCAGCUGGUUUUCAUGUAGACAGAUGCUAGGGAUGCCUGAAGAAUGGGGCUGAUGGGAAACACUUGAGCUGGUUGGUGUGUUGUGGCCAGCAUUACAUGUGAGUCCCAACUGCAUACCAGCUGUACUGCCAAGGUUGUGCUUUGCCAGCAGGAAUGGGAAACGUAUACAGACCUUCUCAGUGCUGUUGGGCUGGGAGCUGUCAGGCUGGUUGCUGGUGAGGAAGUUUGCUUCAGCUGAUAGUUGUUUCUUAUAGCUUUGUGAGGUUGGCUUUUGGUAGGCUGGUUUUCCACGAAGCUGUGCAGAUCAGAUAGUGACCCAAUCUCUCACUGCUAUCUUCAGAAAUCAGUUUAUGGUAAUAAGAGUACAUAUGCGUGGAUGGUCACACCUGCCUGGCAAACAGCUCUGCCUUCUGUUACGAAGGCUUUUCUUUCCCUUGCUGCUGAGCAGGCAGGCAUUCUGCAAGACUUCAAUACUGAAAAUGGACUGGAAGGCUGUACUUAAUGUUUGGGGGAUUUAUUUAGCUGUAGAUCAGCAAUGUUUGAAGAAACUUCCUAUACUAAGGAGCUAAAACUCAUCUUUCAAGAUGUACAUUCUGUUUCCAUUCAAAAGAAAACAAAUGCUUCCAUUUUAAGCCAGGUUUGAAUCACUCAAAAUAAUUGUAUAAUGGGAAGGAAUAACUUGAAAUAUGUGUAAACCAUUAUCAACAUCUUCAAUGGAAGCAGCAGUGAGAAUGUUAGCCCAUCUGACACUUGAGUCUUGUUUUGUUUUUUGUUCCCCCCCCCUCUAUUUUUAGCUUUGGCUUUCUCUCCACUCUUCCAGCCCCGGUUAAAGCAGGAGAGUUCUUAGCUCACCAAUGCAUCAAGCUAUGGAAAUGAGAUGGAAACAAAAUCAUAGGAUUUCAUCACAUGUGUCAGGGAUGGGGGGGGGGAAAGACAGCUGAACUUAAGGUCUUUUAUCUGAGAUAUUCAUGGUGGAGAUAGCAGAGUGCUGAUAGCACCAUUCAAGUUACUGAUAAAAUAUUGAGAUACUGUACCUGUGCUUGAGGGAGAUUAAAAAAAAAAAAAAAGCUAAGACAAGUGUGGGAAAAGGGAAGGAAAUUCCUUAUUAAUGAAAGGGCUGAGCGGGGCUGGCCAGGUUUGCCCAGUGAGGGCUGCAGAGGUGUCAUGCCAGUCUUGCAAGGGAAAGUGUAUAAGCUGAGACAGCUUUAGCGGAAGAAGGAAUUGCUGAAAUUGGUCACAAAUAUAUUGAGGUCUGAUAGAAAGAAGGAAUCGGGCAUAAUCUCUCUGUAAGAUUUGAAGAGUAAUAAGACUGAGCUAACUUUGUGUUGUGAUUGUUUAAAUGCAUGAAGGAGAUUGCCCUUUGUGCCCUUUGGAGAGUGCCCUUUUAACAGGGCACUGUUUCUGAGUGACCCAGGAGUUCCCUUUACUUCCCCUGAGGAGCUGUGCAUGAGGAGCAGGUUAGGAUUUGAUGUUCCGUGCCCUCUUUUCUGUCUUAAAUAGUAUGUCAACUGUAGGGUUUUGAAAAAUCAAAUGUCUUUGGUUCUGGCUGUAAUAUGCUUUAUAAGAAAAGCUUCAUGGGUUCACGCUGUUCAAAGCUUGCUAAAAAACUAGGUGAAGUGUGUCGUGGAAUUUCUCAUGGGUAGACCUUUCCCCCAGAUAACACAGCUGUUAGUGUGCAUCAGAUUACCUCAUUAUGCAAUGCUGGCGAUACCUUCGGUUUGCAUUGUCACGUGCUGCUACAGCGAGGUUCUAGUCUAAUAAGAGAUUUUAUCUGUCGGUAACAAACCAUUAAGUAGUUGGUGCUGUUUAUUAACAUAAAGAGAACGCAUUUUCACAAGAAGAUAAGUGGAGCCUUUGAUUUACGCGUUCCCAUGGUUUGGAAUGGAUAUCGGUGGAACAUUGGUUAAACUGGUCUACUUUGAACCUAAGGACAUUACUGCAGAAGAGGAACAAGAGGAGGUGGAAAACCUGAAAAGCAUUAGGAAAUACCUGACCUCCAAUACAGCCUAUGGUAAAACUGGCAUUCGUGAUGUCCACCUAGAACUGAAGAAUUUGACUAUGUGUGGACGCAAAGGAAACCUGCACUUCAUCCGCUUUCCCAGCUGUGCCAUGCACAGGUUCAUACAGAUGGGUAGUGAAAAGAACUUCUCCAGUUUGCAUACUACGCUCUGUGCCACGGGAGGUGGAGCUUACAAAUUUGAGGAGGACUUUAGAACGAUUGCUGAUCUGCAACUCCACAAACUGGAUGAAUUGGACUGUUUGAUCCAGGGCCUGCUUUAUGUUGAUUCAGUUGGUUUCAAUGGCCAACCAGAGUGCUAUUAUUUUGAAAAUCCUACAGAUCCUGAACAGUGCCAGAAGAAGCCUUACUGCCUUGAUAAUCCAUAUCCUAUGCUGCUGGUUAACAUGGGCUCGGGGGUCAGCAUCCUAGCUGUGUAUUCGAAGGACAAUUACAAGAGAGUCACAGGAUCCAGCCUGGGAGGAGGAACAUUCCUGGGCCUCUGCUGCUUGCUGACUGGCUGCGAGACAUUUGAAGAAGCACUAGAAAUGGCUGCGAAAGGAGACAGCACCAAUGUGGAUAAACUGGUGAAGGAUAUUUACGGAGGAGAUUAUGAGCGGUUUGGCCUUCAAGGGUCUGCUGUAGCCUCAAGCUUUGGCCAUAUGAUGAGUAAAGAAAAGAGAGAUUCCAUCAGUAAAGAGGACUUGGCCAGAGCUACUUUGGUUACUAUCACCAACAACAUUGGCUCUAUUGCUCGCAUGUGUGCAUUGAAUGAGAACAUUGACAAAGUGGUAUUUGUUGGAAACUUUCUCAGAAUUAAUAUGAUUUCAAUGAAGGUGCUAGCAUAUGCUAUGGAUUACUGGUCCAAGGGACAGCUGAAAGCUCUGUUUUUGGAACAUGAGGGUUAUUUUGGAGCUGUUGGGGCGCUUUUAGAAUUGCUUAAAAUGACAGACGAUCAAUGAUGAAGCUGUCUGAAGAGAUUUCUACCGCAGAUGCUGCUGGAUAAGAGUGAAAGCCACUACAAGGAUGGAAAUGAAGCCAUUAUGAUAGUUCUACCUGCUGGAUUUGUAAAUAAUUUAAAAUCCUUUUAGCUGAUCUUUAACUUCUGGGUUUUGAGCUUAUACUUCGGAGUUCAUACUGGGAAUACUGAGAUUUUUUUUCUGUACACUGUAUUUUUUAGGGGGAAAAUGUGCAACGUUGCCAAACAUAUGGAGUUUAUGGAAUUAUUUGAAAUGUAUACUGUUAAAUGUAAGACCUGUGAUAUAAGGCAUCUGCUUUUCUUCUGGGGUUUACUGAUUAGUGUGGUAAUUUUAACUUCAUUUAGUAAUCACUCUAGGAGAUUUUUUUCUUAUUUUCAUGACGUUUCAUGAUUUGUUCUUGGUUUCAAAUGAAACUACAAAGCUGAUGCAUUUUACUGUGAAAACUAGUCGUUGAUUUGUUGCCUUUUCUCUUCAGAUGAGACGCUUUUAUUUAACACCUUUCCCUCACCCUGCCAAAAAAAUAAAUAAAAAUACAGGCUUUCAGUGGCUACGUGAGUUUCUUGGCAAGACCGCAAGAAAACCUCAGGAGAGGGACUGUGUGGUUAAAGGUUAACUCUUCAGUUGUCCUGGUUUUUCCAGAUCAGGAACAGGCUGCUAACUUGACACUAAAAUGAAAUCCCGUUACUGUUGAAAGUCUGAUUUGUCUGAAGAGCUCUGUAGUACGGUAGUUAUUUAUAUGGUACGUACUUGGUGAUAGAUGGGAAAGGGAGGAGAUUACUUCAAUUUAUUUGAAGACUUUUCUGUAGUCUGUGAUUUCUAAGUUGUUGGUGAUCAAAACCAAACAUUAACUGCAUUAUCCAAAGCCCAGUUUCUAAAGUUAGAAAGAUUAUUACUAAUGCAUUUUCUGUUUUUAAGCUAAGGCUUACUUCCUCUGCAGGACACCGAUGUUUAAGUGUUUGUUCCAGUACGUUAUUUUCUACCUUGGUUUGAUUGGUGGACCUGUCUAGAUAUUUGUGUUGAGGUGAGACCCUUCUGAAAUCUAUGUAUGUAACUGCAUAGGGUGGACAAGCUUGCUUUUCCUAGGCACCUUGAAGGCUCACAAAUCAGAGGCUGAAAAAGUCCAUAAAUUAUUUUGUCUUGUAGAACUGUAUGUCAUGUCACAUAACAUAAAGGGCUCAUCGAAGGGACAGUGUAAAGUUCAGACACAUGUAUUAUCCAGUAUAUUUUUGGAAGGGGGUUUAUUCACUUUUUUAAUGAUCAUUAAUUUCCGUAUCUCACAGAUGGUGAAAUGAAUUCAUAUUAACCCAAUUGUUAACAUGUCUGAUGGAAAUAAAGACCACCACUGUUUUGACGAUUUUAA